GCUAUUCGGUCUUCACGGCGCCGGCUCUCCUCAAGCCUGGUCGCUGCUGCGGCAAUAAAUGCAGGCACUGCCCGUUUGGUCAUUAUGCUGUGCGCACCAAUGCAUUCAUGUCACGAACCAACUCCCUCACUGAGCCCAUGCUGCUCGCUCCCACCAAGGGCACUGUUCCCUCCUCCCCUGCGCUCGCCCUGCUCUGGGACGGCAGCCUGCCAGCCCUCCUCGCCCUGCAGGCUCUCACCAACCAAUCAAAAUCCGCCACGUCAAUCGCUUCGUCAACACACAAUGUCGUGCUGACAACUCUCUUUGACCCGCACUCAGGGCAAGUCCUCUCUCCCGCCAGCAUUCCUGAUGUAGCCGCUACAACUGGUGUAGCUGCUACAGCUGCCGUGACUGUUACGGCCGAUGUACCAGCAGCAGCCGCUUCUCGGGCAGCUGAAACUCUUUGCUGCCUGCCCGUCUCUAUACGGGCAGUGAUGGACCAAUCCCUGGCGCUGAAACGCCCGCUGCUCGCAGUCCCUGUAGAGGGAUGCGAGGCCCUCUGUAACGGGGAUAGGAUUGAGUCUGCUCUUCACUCCUCGCUCAAGUCCCAGGUGCAUUCGGUCGUGUCUCCCCUCCCUCUCCCUCUCUCAACCGCUGCUUCACACAGUGCUGCUGCCACUGCCGCUGCUGCUGCUGCUACUCCUGCCACUCCUGCUGCUGCCACUUCUGCUGCUGCUAUGCCUCCUGUCGCUGCCACUGGGUCAGAGAGUGCAGCAGCAGCAGCAGCAGCAGCAGCAGCAGCAGCAUUCCCAGUGAAGCCAGUGUUCGAGCACCAGUCACUCAUCAGAACGGCACCACUCGCACGAGGUUCGACUCUCCUGCAACCAUCCCAGUUCCGAGUUCUCAUGCACGAAGCAGGCACAUGGCAGCAUGUUAGCACAGAGGAGGCAGUUUCCCGGCUUGCUUCCUCUUCCUCUCCUCCAUCAUCUCGCCCGUCAUUGGCUGGAGCUGCUCCUACUGCUCGCCUGCCAUUCGUUCCCACGUUUGUGGAGAUCCAAGCGCCUGCGCCUGCCAGCCGGCCCUUCCCCACGUGGAGGAGGAAUGUCCUGUGGCCCGCUUUCUCCCCUCUUCCCGUCCCCAUCUCCCCGCUCUCUCCCCCUCUUCCCGUCCCCAUCUCCCCGCUCUCUCCCCCUCUUCCCGUCCCCAUCUCCCCUCUCUCUCCCCCUCUUCCCGUCCCCAUCUCCCCUCUCUCUCCCCCUCUUCCCGUCCCCAUCUCCCCGCUCUCUCCCCCUCUUCCCGUCCCCAUCUCCCCUCUCUCUCCCCCUCUUCCCGUCCCCAUCUCCCCUCUCUCUCCCCCUCUUCCCGUCCUCAUCUCCCCCUCUCUCCCCCUCUUCCCGUCCCCAUCUCCCCUCUCUCUCCCCCUCUUCCCGUCCUCAUCUCCCCCCUCUCUCCCCCUCUUCCCGUCCUCAUCUCCCCCCUCUCUCCCCCUCUUCCCGUCCCCAUCUCCCCCCUCUCUCCCCCUCUUCCCGUCCCCAUCUCCCCCCUCUCUCCCCCUCUUCCCGUCCUCAUCUCCCCUCUCUCUCCUCCCCAUUUCCCUGUCGCCUCUGCAGGCCCUUCCCCAAGUGGAGGAGGAAUAUUCUGUGAAAGGCAAGGUCGCAUCCAGAGCAGAGGCGCCCAUACUCGUGUGCAACCACGUGACGUUUGUCGAUCCAGUGUUCCUUUUCAUGGCUCACCUGCCGAUGAUCAUCACGGCUAAAGAGAACAUGAAUAUCUUCAUAGCGGGGACAAUCAUGAAGGCCCUUCAGGCCAUAGCAGUCGACCGCGCGUCCCCCACAUCACGCAAGGACGCAUCAUACGAGAUAAAGAAGCGUGCCAUGUGCAACGACUGGGCGCGCGUGCUGCUCUUCCCCGAAGCCACCACCACCAACGGCCGCUCCCUCGUGUCCUUCAAGACGGGCGCCUUUGCUCCGGGCCUGCCGGUGCAGCCAGUGGUGGUGACCUACCCCUACACGUCGUUUGACCCCUCCUGGGUGGCCGAAGGGCUCCCCGAUAUGAGCCUGCUGUGGCGCAUCAUGUCCCAGCCCCACAACCGCAUGCGCGUGGAGUAUCUGCCGGUGAUUGUGCCGACAGAAGAGGAGAAGCGGGACCCAAAGAAGUUUGCCGAGAGGGUCCGUCUGGCCAUGGCGCGGCGCCGCAACCUGGCCCUCACAGACCACUCCUUUGGCAACGUGCUGCUGGCGCUCGAGGCAAAGAAGCUCAAGCUGCCGGUGGGGACGGCGAACGUGGAGUUUGGGCGGCUGGAGCAGCUGUUCCGGGUGGAUGUGAGGGAGGCGAAGCAGUAUCUGAGACGAUUCCAUGCCAUGGACGUGGGACACUGUGGCACUGUGAGCUAUCCCGGGUUUCUGUCAGCGCUGGGCCUGCCCGACUCAGAGGCCUCUCAAAUGCUCUUUGACUUUCUGGAUACCAACGAGCGUGGCACCAUCAACUUCAGAGAGUUCCUGGCGGGGCUGGUGUUUGUGUCGCGCCAUCCUCAAUUCCAUGAUUCGGUGGAGAAGGCGUUCAAGCGGUUGGAUCUGGAUGGAGAUGGACGGCUGACAGCGCAGGAGGCCAAUGAGGGCAUGAGGGAGCUGUUCCCUGCGAUCACAGAUGAGCAGCUGGCCAAGCUGUGCGAGCUGCUGGGGCUCAACAGCAAGACGUCUCUCUCCUGGGAUGAGUUUGAGCAUUUCCUCAAGACAAACCCGGAGUAUCUGGUGGCGAUUCUCGCCGCUGAUUUGGCUGAUGCAAAGGUGGAGGAAGAGAGCAUUCACCUCUCUCGAUUUCAUCUUGCUCGUCCUGCCAUCACACAAUACUAUCGUGCAAAGGUCAAGAUGGUGAUGGAUAAGGACGCCAAGAUCUAUGUGGCUGGCCACACCGGUUUGGUGGGAUCAGCCAUCUGCAGGAAGCUCAAGAAGGAGGGAUAUAACAAUGUCGUCGGAAAAUCCAUUGAGGAACUUGAUCUGACACGGCAAGCGCUCGUCGAGGAGUACAUGAACACGGAGAAGCCUGAUUACGUCAUCGUCGCUGCUGCGAAAGUCGGCGGAAUUCACGCUAACAGCGUAUAUCCCGCCGAUUUCAUCGGAAUCAAUCUUCAAAUCCAGACCAAUCUCAUCGAUGCUGCUUACAGGGCCGGAGUGAAGAAGCUUGUCUUCCUCGGAUCGUCUUGCAUCUACCCGAAGCUCGCUCCCCAGCCUAUCACUGAGGAUGCUCUGCUUACCGGACCCCUGGAGCCCACGAACGAGUGGUAUGCCGUUGCCAAGAUCGCCGGUAUCAAGAUGUGCCAAGCCUACAGAAUUCAGUACAACUUCGAUGCCAUCUCAGCGAUGCCGACCAACAUGUACGGCCCGUACGACAACUUCCACCCGACCAACUCCCACGUGCUGCCUGCUCUGAUCCGACGGUUCCACGAGGCCAAGAAGACCGGAGCCAAGGAGGUGGUCUGCUGGGGUACCGGCACUGCUCUGCGUGAAUUCAUGCACACCGAUGAUCUCGCAGAUGCGCUCCUCUUCCUGCUCAACAACUACAGCGACAUUCCCCACCUGAACGUGGGAACCGGCAUCGAGCUCACGAUCAAGCAGCUCGCGGAAACAGUCAAGGAGGUGGUGGGUUACGAGGGCGAGAUCACGUGGGACACGACCAAGCCCGACGGCACGCCUAGGAAGCUCAUGGACAGCUCGAACCUGCACAAGCUGGGGUGGAAGCCCAAGGUGGGGCUCAAGGAGGGCCUCACGGAGGUGUACAAGUGGUACCAGGAGAACUACAAUGUCUGA